AUGACCACAGUGGUGUCCAGAGAGGCGGCUCCCAGUUACCCGUCGUCAAUCACACAACCCCUGGACGAUUUCUCUUACCCGUCGCCGGCUGAUACGGGCUCCAGUAUUGGUUCUUUUGCCCCUUUCGCAUUUUCUCCAGCUACCAUGUCGCAGCCCAACUCAUUCCUUCGACACACUGCAGACGUCCCCGAACAGCCUUUGAGCCAUUCAUCGCCCGGACAAGGCGGCACACCAGAUCAGGGGUAUCCCCACUCACAGUAUUCAUCUCCUACCGAUGUUGUUAGUGCCUAUGCCCCUUACCAGUCUCAGAGUCCAUCAGACCCUCACGAGGGUGUGUCCCCUCUUUCUAAGAAUCCCCAGCUUUUUGCAUCAUCUAGUGUGGCCCAGGAUACCGAAUCGAUUCCAGCGGGCGUGACUAGUAACUCGGAGGACUUCUUCAACAAAAUUAUGAACAGCCCUGUAUUAUCUGAAGAUCAUCCGCAGGUCCAUACCAGCGAGCCACUGGCCACUGGCCAUUCUAAGCUCUUGAGUAUGGACCAUGAGGCUGAUGUGCCCGGAGGACUUUCGAGUGCAGAAAGGAAGUGGCAUGCUUAUCUCACCAGCGUUACAGAUAAUUAUGGUUUGGACUGUGGCCGCCCGGAUCUAGAUUUGAAUAAGAAUGACGACCAUUCGGCCAUUGACAUCAAUUACGCCCUGGAUUUAAUCAACUCACAAAGUGAAUCAUCUGCGGCGUCUAACGAUCGCCCUGGUAAUUCCUCGUCCGCGGAGCUAAAACCAAUUAGUUUGGAUGGUGCGAAGUUUGCUUAUUACGCAUCACCUGUACCGAUCAACAUCCCACGUUAUUUAUCGCCGUUGCCACCAAGUCUGGUGCAAACGCCUAUCAAUCUGAUGUACUUCCAUCAUUUUAUCAACCAUACAGCGAGAAUGCUAGUUCCGCACGACUGUAGCGAUAAUCCAUUUGUUUCUGUUCUACCAUCAAUGGCUAUUGGGGAUUCGAACCUACUGAAUCUUAUGUUAGCGUACUCCGCUAGUCACCGUGCGAGAUAUCUGGAGCAUCCAGAACCUGCUACUCGUAUCGCGCACUUGGUCAGCAAUGUCUUUCCUGCAUUGCGCGUAGCACUGGAAGAUCCGCAUGAGAAAGUCACUGACAACCAUCUUGCUACGGCCAUCAUGCUUCUCUCCCUGAAGAUCAUAUCACCCAGUACCUUCGAAGUGCCAAUUCCUUGGCAAAGUCAUCUUAAACUUGCCCGGGAACUCUUCCUCGCACGUCAAGAACAAAUGACGUACCCCGGAAAUCGCAUUGGUCCAUUCCUCGCUCGCUGGUUAGGAUAUCUCGACAUUAUGGGAACCCUCUCCUGCCGACACACGGAACCACCGCUGUCUGAAUACUACUCGCUUAUAAGCACAUGCUGCUCAGCUGAGGGACUGGAUGAAUACUGCGUUGACUGUUUCUCCGGUUUCACCCCCCGAACGGGUCUGUUUUUGACCAGGCUGGCGAAAUUGGUCCAUCAGUGUGACAACGAACGAUUUGAUGAGAUGGGAAUAUGGAUUUCCGGUUGGAGGCCUUCGGCCAGUAUCAUUCUUGAAGCGCAAGAAUUAGCCAACGAGCUUGAACUGCUCCGUACCCGCGCUCACGCUAGCUCAAGGCAUUUCCGGGAGUCAGGAGCUACAGACAUCAUCGCUAGUGAUAAAACAUUUUAUUACGCAGGUUUAUUACAUCUCCACCGACGCGUCUUGGGCACAUCUCCAAUUUCCACACCAGUCAAGGAGGCUCUGGAUGGGCUUAGAGAGGCCCUCGCACAGAUAAGAUUCGGGGCAUCUGCUGAGGUCGGAACCCUCUUUUGCUUGUUCACUGCGGGUUGUGAAGCUCUUGACCCUGGACAGAGAAUGGAAAUCCAGGAGCGAUUCGAAGUUCUAGAGAAAACUGGCAUGAAACAGAUCCAACAUGCUCGCAAAUUAAUGCAGCGUUGCUGGGAUGAGAAUAUGCCAUGGAUUGCCUUGGCUCGAGGGGAGUUUCUUGGAUAA